AUGCAUAGUGUGACCGUUGGAUUUGUGGCACUUGCCGCCCUCCUGACCAUCGCGCACUGCCUCCGGAUCCAUGUGGACGAACCGCAGUACUAUGGCGACGUCUACCACGAGAGAUCUGUGUACCACCAGCACAGCCUGGGCCUGAAGAAGAAGGAGAAGCAGGAGCAGGACUUCAGCAAGAUCCCCGGAGUGCCCGGAGUGGACUAUCCCGUGUACCACGAAGUGCCCGACACCAGUUUCCACUGCGGCCAUGUUCCCGCCGUGCCUGGAAUGUACGCUAACCCAGAGACGGGCUGCCAGGCGUAUCACGUGUGCCACGACGGCCGGGAAGGACACCAGGGCGCGUCGUUCCUCUGCACCAACGGCACGCUGUUCAAUCAGAAGCUCUUCGGCUGCGACUGGUGGUACAAUGUGGACUGCCAUCAGGCCCAGAACCUCUGGAGAUUGAACGCCGAUCCCGAACUCAAUCCAUUUACGCCAAAAAAGAAAUUGGAGGAAGUGCCAAAAUACCAGCAUCACUACGAACACUAUUAAUUUCACCUUCUUCUGCGUGUGGCCAAACACGAUUUUCUGCAACUUUUCCCCUAAUCACAGUCUGAAAUGAGAUUUUUCUUGCCUCCGCGCUCAAGCCAUUCAUUUCCAUCAAUUCCUCACAACCCAAAAAUCCGCAACGCCUUUUUGCCCAUUCCCUCGAGCCAAUUCUACCUUCAUCAUCUAAUUUAAUGACGAAAAACAAAUAUUAAGUUAAUUUAAAGACUCGAGCAUUGUAUAGCCGCAUGAAAAACGAGAGUGUAAUAUAUUUUAGAGUAAUUUUUUCGGCACAUUAAACGUGAAUGAGAGAAAU